AUGGCCACGUCGUUCUGGGCUCAGGCACAUGGGCCAAUUUUAACGCUUCUUUUCCGGGACACGCGUACGCAGCACGCGUGUCUUGCUCGCGUAGAGUCCUACUAUGAAUCAGAAAAACAUGCCGGCAAGUACUUGACAUGGGACGAAGCACACCGUGAGCGACUUUGCAAAGGGUACGAGGCAUUUAAUUUACCACUAAGCACGGUGGCAGAGUGGCUUGCUUCUAUGCGAGCGCAAGUAGAAAAGCCAAAGGAAGUGCUCGGCAAAGAGGCAGCAAGUACUAAACAGAAGACAAGCUCAGACCCAAUUCAUGAUCCCGACGAGCCUUUCUGGCAUGCUCAUUGCUCCGCACAGGAGCGUGAGCUAAUUGCCGAACUUACACGUCGAGGCAUCCUUGAUGGUUGUGGAACACUCGCAUCUAGUGCACCCUGCAUGUACCUAAUCUCCGCGACUCUCACACAAGCAGACGCGGCCCUAGCUCACGAGCGUCUUCACGCAUUAUACUAUUUUUCGCCAAAGUAUCGCGAUCUGCUUGCAAUCCAAUGGAACUCGUUACCGCGUGCUAUUGCCUCCGCUAUUGAGCUCGAUCUGAAAAUGCGGGGAUACAAGCCAUCCGUGUGGCAGGAUGAGCUGGGCGCCUACCUUGGCAUACGGGUAAACGGCACAUCUAGUCGCCGUAGUGAUCCUAGCAGUGAGUUUGGAAAUAAGAGUGCUGCCACAUGUGCUGAAAUUCGGCAAGUCCUUUUACAGCAAAUUCCUCAAUGCUGGAAGCAAGAUGUUGGCAUGGACGAAGCUGGUGUAACGCUUACGAGACAGGAUUUGGAGUGUGCGAAACAUGCAUUUAGCAAUGCGUAA